GAGAGAGAGAGAGAGAGAGAGGUAUAGGUAGAGAGAGAGGGGUAUAGGUAGAGAGAGAGGGGUAGCGAGGUAGAGGGAGAGGGGUAGAAAUACUGGUAGAGAGAGAGAGCAGUGUCCCGGCUCUGCUCCGUGAUGGCGGGCGGGCGGAGGGGUCUGGUCGCCCCGCAGAAUACAUUCCUGGAGAACAUCGUCCGGCGAUCUAACGACAGUAACUUUGUGCUGGGGAACGCUCAGAUCGUGGACUGGCCAAUCGUUUACAGCAACGAUGGCUUCUGCCACAUCUCCGGCUUCCACAGAGCGGAGGUGAUGCAGAAGAGCAGCACCUGCAGUUUCAUGUACGGGGAGCUGACUGACCAGGUCACCACUGAGAAGGUUCGGCAGACUUUUGAAAAUUAUGAGAUUAAUUCGUUUGAGAUUCUGAUGUACAAAAAGAAUCGGAUGCCUGUUUGGUUUUAUGUAAAGAUUGCUCCCAUCAGGAACGAACAGGACAAGGUGGUCUUGUUUCUGUGCACCUUCAGUGACAUCACCGCCUUCAAGCAGCCCAUCGAUGAUGACACAUCAAAAGGCUGGGGUAAAUUUGCACGUCUGACGCGAGCGUUGACGAGCAGCAGAGGGGUGUUGCAGCAGCUCGCCCCGGCCGUCCAGAAAGGAGAGAAUGUCCACAAACACUCCCGCCUGGCUGAGGUUCUUCAGCUGGGGUCCGACAUCCUGCCUCAGUACAAGCAGGAGACCCCUAAGACCCCUCCCCACAUCAUCCUGCACUACUGUCUCUUUAAGACCACCUGGGACUGGGUGAUCCUCAUUCUCACCUUCUACACCGCCAUCAUGGUGCCCUACAACGUGUCCUUCAAGACCAAACAGAACAACGUCACGUGGCUGGUGGUGGACAGCAUUGUGGACGUCAUCUUCCUGGUGGACAUUGUUCUCAACUUCCACACCACCUUCGUAGGUCCGGCAGGGGAGGUGAUCUCCGAUCCGAAGCUCAUCCGAAUGAACUAUGUGAAGACAUGGUUCGUUAUUGACCUGCUCUCCUGUCUUCCUUAUGAUGUCAUCAAUGCCUUUGAAAAUGUUGAUGAGGUUGGUAAUAAAAGUCCUAAUAUAUUUAUCGAAGAAAAAUGCAUGAAACAGCAGUUGGAUGAGGUUCAAGCAUCAGGGAUCAGCAGUCUCUUUAGCUCUUUGAAAGUUGUGCGUUUGCUGCGACUGGGCCGGGUGGCGAGGAAACUGGACCAUUACAUCGAGUACGGAGCAGCGGUGCUCCUGCUGCUGGUGUGCGUGUUCGGUCUGGCGGCCCACUGGCUGGCGUGCAUCUGGUUCAGCAUUGGAGACUACGAGGUGAUUGACGAAGAGACCAACAGCGUGAGGAUGGACAGCUGGCUGUACCAGUUGGGGGAGGCGGUGGGCACGCCUUACCGUUUCAACAUGACAGGGGCAGGCCGCUGGGACGGGGGUCCGAGCAAGGACUCGGUCUACAUCACCUCGCUGUACUUCACCAUGACUAGCCUCACCAGCAUCGGCUUCGGGAACAUCGCGCCAACAACCGACGGGGAGAAGGUCUUCGCUGUAGCUAUGAUGAUGAUUGGAUCUCUGCUUUAUGCCACCAUCUUUGGUAAUGUGACCACCAUCUUCCAGCAGAUGUACGCGAACACCAACCGCUACCAUGAGACGCUAAAUAGCGUUCGAGACUUCCUCAAACUCUACCAGGUCCCAAAGGGACUCAGUGAGAGGGUCAUGGACUACAUCGUCUCCACCUGGUCCAUGUCCCGAGGGAUCGACACUGACAAGGUCCUCCAGAUCUGUCCUAAGGACAUGCGGGCAGAUAUCUGUGUUCACCUCAACAGGAAGGUGUUCAAAGAGCACCCCGCCUUUCGCCUGGCGAGUGACGGCUGUCUGCGAGCCCUGGCCAUGGAGUUCCAGACCGUGCACAGCGCUCCGGGAGACCUCAUCGUCCACUCCGGGGAGAGUGUGGACAGCCUCUGCUUCGUGGUGGCAGGGUCACUAGAGGUCAUCCAAGACGACGAGGUGGUGGCCAUUUUAGGGAAAGGAGAUGUGUUCGGUGAUGUGUUCUGGAAGGAGCCAACGUUAGCACAGGCCGGUGCUAACGUCCGGGCGCUAACCUACUGUGAUCUCCACAUCAUCAAGCGCAACGCCUUGCAGAAAGUACUGGAGUUUUACACAGCCUUUUCAGGGCACUUCUCCAGGAACCUACUGCUGACCUACAACCUGAGGAAGAGGAUGAUCUUCCGGAAGAUCAGUGAUGUGAAGCGCGAGGAAGAGGAGAUGUUAAGGAGGAAGAACGAAGCGCCGCUCAUCCUUCCUCCAGACCACCCCGUCCGCCGGCUCUUCCAGCGCUUCCGGCAGCAGAGGGAGGAGCGACUGGCGGCAGAGCGGGUGGGGCAGGGGCCCGGGGAGGACGCCCACGGGGCCCCGGAGAAGGCCAGCGUCCGGACGGAGCAGCCAAGAGUGCAGGAGGCCCUUGCCUCCACUUGUAUCGUCAUGGUAACAGAUAGCCCGGGUCCAACUGCUGUGUGUUCCGCAUCAACAGUCUCCAGAGCCAUCCUCCACCAGAACAGCCUGGUGGGCUGCAAAUCUGCCGAGCCCCACAAAGCCAAAGGCUGGGGUCGUUUUAAAGAGACGGUGGUGAAGGCGGAGUCCUGGAGCAGUGUCUCUAAAGCCGAGUCUUUGGAUACCCUUCCUGAUAGAACUAAAUCCCACAAUGAGAUGUCCCUGAAGAAAACAGACUCCUGCGACAGUGGCAUCACUAAAAGUGACCUGCGACUGGACGACGUUUGUGACGCGGGAACGCCACAAGAACCGAGCCCAGUCAAGCCCGACGUUAAACAGAGCUCCUGUUCAGGCCCUGAACAGGGCAUGCAGGCCUUGUUCCUGGAGUUUAAAGAGGAGCUGAGGGAGGGCAUCGGAGCCCUCGACACUCGCAUGGCCGCUCUAGAGGCCCAGCUGGCCGAGAUGCUGGAUCUCCUCCGAUCCGGGAACGACUCGGGAUCCUCCUCUCAAAGUUCUCACCCACCCUCCCCUGUCUCUGAAAAGAACAACAUCUCAGAGGCUUAGGUUCAGCCUCUGAGAUAGUAACACACAAGGGGAGGUGUUACUAAACUGAGGUUCAGUAGUUUAAAACAAGGAGAAAACUGUUACUAAACUGAGGUUCAGUUCAACGAGAGCCGUUACUUAACUGAGCUUGUUUAACACAAGGAGAGCUGUUACUAAACUGAUGUUCAGUCGUUUAACAAAAUGAGAGCUGUAACUAAACUGAGCUUUGGUAGUUGAACACAAGGAGAGCUGUUACUAAACUGAGCUUUGGUAGUUGAACACAAGGAGAGCUGUUACUAAACUGAGCUUUGAAACGUUUAACACAAUGAGAGCUGUUACUAAACUGAGCUUUGUUAGUUUAACACAAGGAGAGCUGUUACUAAACUGACGUUCAGUAGUUUAACACAAUGAGAGCGGUUACUAAACUGAGCUUUGUUAGUUUAACAGAAGGAGAGCUGUUACUAAACUGACGCUCAGUAGUUUAACACAAUGAGAGCGGUUACUAAACAGAGCUUUGGUAGUUUAACACAAGGAGAGCUGUUACUAAACUGAGCUUUGUUAGUUUAACACAAGGAGAGCUGUUACUAAACUGACGUUCAGUAGUUUAACACAAUGAGAGCGGUUACCAAACAGAGCUUUGGUAGUUUAACACAAGGAGAGCUGUUACUAAACUGAGCUUUGGUAGUUUAACACAAGGAGAGCUGUUACUAAACUGAGCUUUGGUAGUUUAACACAAUGAGAGCUGUUACAAAACUGAGCUUUGUUAGUUUAACACAAUGAGAGCGGUUACUAAACAGAGCUUGUUAGUUUAACACAAUGAGAGCGGUUACCAAACAGAGCUUUGGUAGUUUAACCAAAGGAGAGCUGUUACUACUCUGCGGUGAGCGUCUUCCGAAUUGAUUAUACAUGAUGCAAUACUUAACUCAAAGAAACAACAAGAGCAUGACAUUUUUGAUCUGAUCUUGGCAAUAAUACAAUGUUGGUGACCAUCUCCCUGUGAAUAUUGCUGUUCAUGGGAGGAAUGAAUAUAAUGUCAAUCAUGAAUAUUUUACAAAGCCUUUAAAGUCAUAUAUUUAAUUUAAUUGUGUAUGUAAAUGAGCAUGUAGGUAGUUUAGGCAGUUCUAAACCAUUAUUUAUAGUAAGAGCAAAGAAAAACUUCAUUCUUGUUAAAUGUAUAUUGUGAAAUAAUGACUAUGUACAACCACACUAGGAUAAACCCCAUUCGUUGUUUUACACAAACAGUGUCAGGGCUUAAUGAAAUGGGUUUCCAUGGGCAGCUACAAUGGGGCCAUUACUAAUGGGCUACAGUUAGCAUUAGGCGUAGCACUUUAGAAUAUCUGGUCAAUUGUGAAUUCAUUGCUUGAAUAUAUAUGAACAAUGCUUGAUAAAUGAGAAAUUUCACUUUACUACUGAUUUAAAUGCUUUUUUACCGUGUUUAAAAGUUGCAGUUAUUCUAAAGUGCUUCCACAUUAGGUUACCAUGGUGAAUGCAGCAGUAACUUCCCAUGGUUAAGGAACUAGAUGUUAAGUAAGCACAUGUGGCUGUGGUAUCGACAAACUUUCUGGACAUGUAAUGAACUACGUCAAUAAACAUGUCGUUUAUAACUAAUAGACUACAUCAUUAAACAAUUAGUUGGCAUCUCACAAAAUACGUUAUUAAAGAUGAGGUGUAUGUCUCAUUAACAAUAGGGCUUGGAUAUUAGCUCCAACCCCUAAACCUUACCAGUAAAUCACUUUAACAGUAUUUCAGUUAACCUCUGAAAUACAGAGAGUGGAAAAUGUGACUAUGUUUUUAUUUUAAUUUUAUUAUGGCGUAUUAUAUUAAUGCUGGGGUAGGCAACUUGGGAGAAACCAGCAAGAGUAAGAUAGAUCUCGCACCUCUCCCUUCUUGCCUCCCUCCAAAGCCACAACUCAAAAAAACCUGACUAGCUUUAGCAACAAGUCUGCCUAGCCUCUGGAAGACUCUGUGCUGUGCUCCGAUAUCCAUACUUCUAUGAGUACACUUAAACAGAGUACAUCAUCCGCACUCACUAAGAGCGCUGAUUUUCAGAUGUCAGUGAUAUUCCAAAUCGAAUACUCCGUGGUGUACUUACCGGAAAUUACGAUCGCGACUGCCGCGGCGGCUCAUCACCCGCCAAAAAUAUCCCGCUUUGAACGGUGAUUCCUUUACGCCUAGCAGCUAUAAAAAGCUAAAAAGCUAUAAAAGCUACAAAAUGACUCCAAUAAUGCAGGCUAUGUGGAAAAUGCGCGGACGUUGGCUCAGCCUGGCUCCGCCUCUCCCGCUACGUAGCAAAGAUGGUUGCCGUUGAGUGCGAAAAGUGUACAUCGUUCCACAUUCAACGUUUUGACCAUUUGGAGGGCACCAUCCGGGUCCUUCCAGUACCCCUCUUUUCACCCCAAUCGUAAUUGGAAUGCCCUACGUACUCAAACUAAGUAUAGUAAGUACGGGAAGUAUGGAUAUCGGAACACGCCACAGGUCAUGUGUUACUAGUUCGCUCGCUAUAGCAACAGGUCUGCUAGCCUUCUAGAAGCCUCCAU